GGUCUGCAGACUUAAGGGUGUUUCUACUCCAUUUGUUACUGACUUUUUAUUUUAUUUCGUACAUUCAUCGCACCAGAGGAGAGCAUCAAUUCCAUUCUUCCCCCGGUGGAAGAAGGGCUCGUCCAGAUUCUCCGCCUGGGAUUUGGGAUCUGACAGCGCUUAGAGAAAGAAAGAGAGAAAGAAAGAGAGAGAAAGAGAGAGAGAGAGAGAGAGAGCAUCUUUUUUGAAGCAUUUUAAAAGAUAUUCAGUUUUUUAUUCUUUUGGUCUUGGACUUAGUCAGCGUAUCGCAGGUUUCGAACAGAGUCUGUGUUCUGUGUGAGUAACUGUGGGAUGGCUACUUUGCCAGGAACAGUGCCUCGGAUGAUGCGCCCUGCGCCAGGACAGAAUUACCCAAGAACCGGCUUCCCCCUGGAAGUGUCCACUCCUCUGGGCCAGGGUCGGGUGAACCAGCUUGGCGGAGUGUUCAUCAACGGGAGGCCGCUGCCAAAUCACAUCCGACACAAGAUAGUGGAGAUGGCCCACCACGGCAUCCGACCGUGCGUAAUCUCGCGACAGCUGCGGGUAUCUCACGGCUGCGUCUCCAAGAUCCUCUGCCGGUACCAGGAGACCGGAUCCAUCCGUCCCGGGGCCAUAGGAGGCAGCAAGCCCAGGCAGGUGGCAACUCCCGACGUGGAGAAGCGCAUCGAGGAGUACAAGCGAGAGAACCCGGGUAUGUUCAGCUGGGAGAUCCGGGAUAAGCUGCUGAAGGACGGGGUGUGCGACAGAAGCACUGUUCCUUCAGGUGAGGCAUCAUCUGUGAGCUCCAUCAGCCGCGUAUUGAGGGCCCGAUUUGGCAAAAAAGAUGACGAGGAUGACUGUGAUAAGAAGGAUGAAGAUGGAGAAAAGAAAACAAAGCAUAGCAUCGAUGGCAUCCUCGGUGAUAAAUGUAACCGCACAGAUGAGGGCUCAGAUGUGGACUCGGAGCCCGACCUGCCCCUGAAGAGGAAGCAGAGGCGCAGUCGCACCACGUUCACUGCCGAGCAGCUGGAGGAGCUGGAGAAGGCCUUCGAACGGACACAUUACCCCGACAUCUACACCCGAGAGGAGCUGGCUCAGAGGACGAAGCUCACAGAGGCCAGAGUACAGGUGUGGUUCAGCAACAGGCGAGCUCGGUGGCGCAAACAGGCCGGGGCAAACCAGCUAGCGGCCUUCAACCACCUGCUUCCCGGAGGAUUCCCACCGACCGGCAUGCCCACUUUACCCACGUACCAGCUGCAGGACUCCGGCUACCCCGGCACCACGCUAUCGCAGGAAGGCGGCACGUUGCACAGACCCCAGCCCCUGCCUCCAUCCUCCAUGCACCAGGGAGGUCUGGGUGCCGACGGCAGCUCUUACGGCCUGACGUCCAACCGCCACAGCUUCUCCAGCUACUCUGAUACCUUCAUGAGCCCCUCGGCGUCCAGCAACCACAUGAACUCUGUUGGCAAUGGCCUCUCCCCACAGGUGAUGAGUAUCCUGAGCAACCCCAGCGUCUCCCAGUCCCAGCACGACUUUUCCAUUUCCCCCCUGCACGGCAGCCUGGACGGCUCCAUCCCCAUCUCGGCUAGCUGCAGCCAGCGCUCCGACACCAUCAAGAGUGUGGACAGCCUGGCCUCCUCCCAGUCAUACUGCCCCCCCACCUACAGUGCCACCAGCUACAGCGUGGACCCCGUCACUGCAGGCUACCAGUACAGCCAGUAUGGCCAGACUGCUGUCGACUACCUAGCCAAGAACGUGAGCCUGUCCACCCAGAGGAGGAUGAAACUCGGAGACCACUCUGCCGUGCUGGGACUCCUGCAGGUGGAGACGGGACAGGCCUACUGAGGCCCAUCGGGACGCAACCCCCCGGACCUCUCUCCUCCACCCUCUGCCACCCUCCUCCAUGCUCCAUCAAGUCUGGACUCCCAACUCCAGCUCACCUCUUCUGCAGCUCGAUGCCAUGACAUCAGCGCACAGACACGCAGCCAUGCAGUGUUAUCAGUGAAAAGUCACGCUUGGGGGUGUGAGAAGGAUCCUCUGGGAGAGAUGAAGAACACUUUUCACACCAUCGUCAACCACCAGGCGGCUCGGAACCUGCUCUCCUCAAAUCGGUGGGCACCCCUGCCCGCUCCUUGUUCUCACACCCCCUCCCCGAACCCUGUUUUGUUUCUGCGGGGCCAGACAGGACCCCAGACGACCCAAGAAGGGUCGGCCGCCUUGGGCCGGUUUCCUCUUUGUCAUGGCUGCAGUCCAACACACAUUUCGAGCCAUCAACAACAUGUACUCUGACCUAGCUGUUCAUAGUAGUUAACAAAGCCAAUAUCAUUUCAGUGACUCUUCUUCUCGUUCCUUUUUGAUAUUGUUAAGAUUAUUGUUGCUGUUAUAUGAUUAUGGUUAAUGUGAUUUACGUUGUUCUUUGAUUCCACUCGUAUCUCUUUUCUCUGUUAGAUGUCGGUGUGUAAAAACACAGUUGGAUGACUGAGACCAUUUGGGAGUUGCGUGUCUUUUGCGUGUGCAUGUUUGCGUGUCGGCACAGUCCCACCAGAGAGGAUGAUUGUUUUCCAAGCUGCUGCUCCUCUGCCUGCUCCCUGAGCUCUAACGCUCAUGAGCGAUUUGACCUUCCCACUUUCAUAUUCGUCUUGACAUUCCUAAAGAACUUGGCCACUCUGUGGGAAGUCUGGCUGGAUGGAUUCUGCAGGGAAUUCAAGCGGCGUUUUGGCGGCCAAUAGCUUUCCCCUUCUAACCUCCAUCCCAUCCUUAGCCAUGGUCCGUGGGGAGGCGCGCAUUGUUUGCAAAAACAGGAUUGGGGAAAUUAAUGUAUUUUGUUUAGAAAUAUGGACCUUGCCAAGGAGGGUUAACUGGAUUCCCCCCUCUGCUCCUCCCAAAUCCCCCUCUGCCAGGGAAUCUGUGUGACUUAAACAGUGUAAAGCAGAUUAAAUCACACAAAUAUAGCGUCGACACUAAUUCACAGUGACCCUUCCCAUCGCCAGACAGGAUUUCCAUUUUUUUUUUUUCCUCAUAGAAUAUUUAGCACAUUCUGUAAAUGCACCUUCAGUCGUUUUUCCACCCUCAGACUAAAUAAUCAUUCCUUUUUCCAAACAUUCCUCAGGCUCCAUUUACAAACACGUACUAUGAGCAUUCCAGCGCUCUCUGUUAUGAGAUUAAAAUGCACACAAGCUGAGCCAUUCACAUGCACUCUGGAAAAUCAUAUAAUCCAGUCAGUUGUGAAAGGGCACAGGUAACAGCACUGAUUGGCCCCCCCUCCCUCGCUCUAUUGUUUGGACCGUAGCCCCCCCCCCCCCCUCCCCUCACCUCUAAUCCUCCACUUUGCAACCUGUGUGAAAUGUACAAAAAGAAGAAAAAAAAAACUUAAAGAAUAGUGAAUAUGAGACGUUUGUGUAGCACUCAUAGUUGACUUGACCCGACCCAGGACCUGCUGUCCCCCUUGAGAUGUGUGUAAUUAUUAUUUUCUUUCAUCGGUGCGAUAUUGACGAUGUUUGUAAACUUCAUCUCGAGACAGAAUUAGGUCCUUGGUCACCUUUUAAAAACUGAAACCUGUACAGUAGCUGGAGCAGAUUGUGUAUUGUUUGUUUAUAAAGAGUAUGUUUUAUACUAAAACAACAUUAUGUGGAGUGGUAGGUGAGGGAUCUGUGGAAGUAUAAAUGUUUGAGUUGACUUUUCAUUUUGAGUUUCUUUUACUUGUAUUUAAUUGGUUUUUAGCUGUUUUGACCAAAAGUUUUUGUUUGUUGGUUGGUUGUUGGGCCCAGGUGAGAAUGAAUUUGUAUAAAUUUAGUAAAAUAUAAAUUCCAUGAAAAAAAAUAAUAAAAAUUGUAUAAAAGGGGAUCGGACUGAAACACAGAGAUACUCCCUGGACCACAGGACCGCUGUAUAUUUGAAUAAGUGUCCGGAUGAACGGCUUCGCCCAUCAGAGGGUUUCGAGGGUGUUCAUGACCACGGACUGAUUAUUGAUGCAGAUCGGACGCGACUGGACCCUGGACCUAACACACCUGAACUCCUGAGCCUGUCGGUGUAAGGCGGGGACCAGUGAUGAGGAAGCCUGCGGAGUCGGCCCCUCGGCUCUGAGGGGAAACUGAACCUGAGUCCUGUUUGAUUUGUGGACCAAUGAGACUUCACGGAGGAAAAGUCCAAGUCGACUCCGCACUGAACCGCAGCAGUUUCCGGCUGCUCCGCUUAGUCGCCUCACUCAUGUGUAUAUUUUAAAAAGGAAGAAUUUUAGAAUUGUCUUUAGUGUAUCAAACCCAUUUCUAACACUUGCGUCAAUAAACAUUUGGAUAUUUAAAAGCAUACAACUCCUUAUCCCCCUCCCGUCUACGUGACCCUUAACCUUUUUAGUUCCUUUCUGACACCUGUGCUUUGCUUUAGUCCUUCUUUCUGUUCCGCAUGUGUAUAUAUUAUCAUGGUAUAAUUUAUUCUGCUGUAUGAAGUAUUAGAGUAGUGGGAAACUUGUAUUGGUAUUUACUACCUUCAGCCUGUUGGUGUGUUUACUGUAACACUGGCGUAACUGUUAUCAAUUAAAGAUCCAAAA